AUGGAAUUAGGACGACCUGGGCUUGUACAUCCUCGAUUUCUACAACUUCAGCGCGCCCAAAGCCCGCAAUAUGGCCGGCUUCCAACGGGCAUCGUCUCUGUCGAAUCGAUUGGUGGACUGGCUUAUUUUUACACGCUAACGUCUUCAUCCCCGAUAAUCGCUUCGACCGUCGAACUCAUGUACAACGAUAACGUCGAUGCUCCUCAGGCGCGUAGCGUGCCAGACUUGGUAGGCGAUUACAGCGAGCUUAUCAAACGCUUGCGAGAAUGGCGUGAAACGAUUUCUCACUUUGGCGGCCUGGUCUCCGCUGCAGACCUCAACCAUGCGGCGAAUGGCUCUUUCGAUACUUUGCGGUUACGUAUCCUCCUCUCCAUCCACUAUUAUCGUUUAUCGCUCAUGAUGGCCUGGCCUGUCACUAUCACAUUUGUCGACAUGUUCAGGGAAAAUCAGAUCGACAUCCGUCCUGUUGGAUGUCCCCUAUGGGAGGACUUUGCUCCGGUGGCCAAGGACGACUGGCUGGCAGCAAAGGAACUCAGUGGAGUGAUUCAUGCGAUAACUACUACAGCCGAACCCUUCGUGCAUUCGAAUGCUGCGUGGUACACCUGCAGUUACACGUUGUGGUCAGCGCUGACCGUGUGCCUGCACAUUUUCGUACUGUUAUUAGCUUGCAGGCAGGAUAAAAACAAUCAACUCGGAUUUUCCCUGGAAGAAACCAGAUCAGCGCUGGAAACUGGUCUGCAAAAUCUGAAGUUGCUAGAAGGGACCAGCUUAAUGUCAUACAAGGCUCGUAGUUGCUUGGUCAAAUUGAUGGAAGUUUUCGACAGUUUACUGGUUGAGAUGCACCAAUGCAAAGAUAUGGUCGCUGAUCGCGCAUUCUCCUUCCCGAUAAACACAGCAGGCAACACGUCGGCCGCUGCAUUGUCUGACAUGCUCAAAACACUUUGCAUCGCAAUACCACAUAUUCUUCCGCGUUCCACCCGCCAACAUCUACCGCUACUGUGGCAUAAAGAUCUUCAUUUUGGCAAUUUGUUUGUGUCUCCAGACGGAAAGAUUACCUGCAUUGUUGACUGGCAGGACACCGACAUCUCGACGUUGUUUCUAGCAGCCCGAAUUCCCCAGUUUAUCGAUGUGGAACACGAUACGCUUCUUCUGGAACUCCCAGAAAACUUCUCAGAGAUGCCAGAAGCAAGAAGGUUUGAGGUUUGGGAGAGGUAUCGCCAAUCCAUGCUCAAGCGGUAUUAUCUAGCCGAUCUUGCUGCUUUGCUUGAGGACGAACAGCUAGCCCCUAUUCGAAAACAGGUAGAAUUAUUCGCCCGAAUCCCUUUCAGGCAAGAUGUCGACGCCCUUUCCCUGAGAGAGACAUUACUUCGAAUUCAACGCCAUUGGUCUGGCUUCCUUCGUGAUGGAGACGUUGCUAUGCAAUGCCCUAUCAAGAUCGAGGGCGACGAGUUGGUCAAUCACCAGAAGGAUGGACGGCGUUACAACGAGUUCCAAGACCUCCUAAAGGCUAGGAACAUAUCUAUCGCUGAAGAGGGUUGGGUUCCAGUGGACGAGUUUGCAGAACGAAAAGACGGUCUUAAAACUGUGACGAAGGAGACCAUCGAGUCUUUGGAAACUCAACGAGAACGGUCUAGAGUUUAA